CUGUUCUCUGUACCUACUCAGAUUUUGAAGAUGAUCUGAUUGUUGAGCGGGGGAAGACUGUCCAAUUAUUUUUGCGGUGAUUGAAGUUUAUCAAGCGGAAGGUGGUUACCCGUACAAAAUUACUGAAUUACCAGUGGCAAACCGCGGCCAUGGGUGUUUAUGAUCAGGGUUCUAACAUCGCUUCUUUGCCAUUGGAUUCUUCUAGGAAGAGGAAAAGUCGUAGUAGGCGGGAUGGCUCUAAAUCUGUGGCUGAGACUCUGGCAAAGUGGAAAGAAUAUAAUGAAUAUCUCGAAUCUAGCAAAGGUGAGAGCAAACCUACUCGUAGAGCCCCGGCCAAGGGUUCAAAGAAAGGAUGUAUGAGGGGCAAAGGAGGGCCUGACAACUCAAGAUGUAACUACAGAGGCGUUAGACAAAGAACCUGGGGUAAGUGGGUUGCGGAGAUUAGGGAACCAAACAGAGGAAGCAGACUGUGGUUGGGUACAUUUGGCACUGCAUAUGAAGCUGCACUUGCUUAUGAUGAAGCUGCUAGAGCCAUGUAUGGUCCUUGUGCCCGCCUCAAUUUCCCCCACGUAUCGGAUUAUACUUCUUGCAAGGAAUCCCUCAAGAACUCUUCAUCAGCUACGACUUUAUCAAGUUCUUCAGUGGCAACUCCUGCUGGUUCGGACACAACCACCAUAUCAAAUCAUUCUGAGGUCUGUGCGGCUGAGGAUGUUAAGACAAGACAUCAACCUUCCAAAAUUAAUGAUAUGGAUAAUGUUUAUCUUGAAGCUGAUGAAGUUGCCUCUGCAAAUAUCAAAGUGAAGUCAGAACCAAAGGAUGAACCUUUCGAUCUCACAGAUCAGGAGUGCAGGGGUUGUCAAAUUGCGAAACCACAAGAACACGAGACUAUAAAGGAUGGCAUUGAUGAAAGUAACGAGCAAAUGGACUAUUCUUGGCUUGAGGGUAAUGAGUUGGAAGGUGAUUGCUUGCAGAAUUUCUCUAUGGACGAGAUGUUUGACGUGGACGAACUUUUGGGGGCUAUGGACAAGAAUCCAAUUGGUGACUAUGAAACUUUUGAUUUUGGUCAAAUGGGCCGCACUGGAGAUGGAAGCCUUGAGAGUGAAAUGCCGUCUAGCUUUUCCUAUGAACUGGAAAACCCAGAUGCCAAGCUGCUGGGAAGUCUUCACCACAUGGAACAGACACCAUCAGAUGUUGAUUAUGGAUUUGAUUUUUUGAAAAUAGAGGAGCCAGAGAACAAUGAUGACAGAGGGGAUGAACAGCAAUUUCUUGAUUUUGGAUUACCAGAUAUGUGAUGCGUGAUAAAUGGAGAAGACUGCGCGAAUUGUUUGAUGUGUCUGGGGAAGAUGUGCGGUUUCCGGGCAGUGUGAUCUACUUUAACAAGUGGCUCGACUGUUAGCUUGUAAUUUGCUUACAAGUUGAGGAACAAAUGCUGGAGUUGUGCAUGUACCUUUGUCCGUGCCUUUUUAGAUCUCAGACUGAGCUGAUUCUCUAUAGUUUUUUUGGUGGAAUGGAGAAUUUAGCGAGUGUCAUUUUUUAAUUUUACUCCUUUCCUUUUGUAUUUUUCCUUUUUGUCCAAGUUAGUGUGGCUCUCCAGAGACGGGCCACAGAGCAGGGGAUAGAGGGUAGGAGGUGGGGACGCCUAAUCCAGCAUGGUGUGUUCUCGACAGGAAUUUUCUUGUGGUGAAAGUAAGUUUCUCGCUUAAGUCGAUGCUGACUUUUGUAUAUGGUAAAGAUGAAUACAGGGGGGAAAAAUUUCGUGAUGCUGACUUUGAUCGAUAGACCAAUGAAAACGGAGGAUGAGAAGUGGUUAUUGAGGCUUA